AUGCAGCUCCCACGAGGCAUUAAGCUGCAGCCGUCCCUCACCAAGACACCUGUCAGCACUGCUGUUCCUUCACUGCGGCCUCUUGGUCUUCGCGUACCUUCCGCCCGACCCAGCCCCCGUUCCACCUUCUCACCUCUGUCCCCGAUUCAGGCCCCGUACCGGGCCAAUCACUCAGCAACCCUGGCGGCACACAUCAAGCUAACAGCCGGGCCUGCUACCCCUCCCCCUCCAUCCCUCCUUGCAUCAUCCGCCAACCGCACCCCUCCUCCUCCAUCACAAACUGGUGCAGCGGAUAUUAAAAGCAAAAUUCCCUCCCAACGCACCGCACAGAUUGCCCGCCACUUCUCUACCAUCUCCAAAGACUCUGACCCUAGCCUGCAUCACCAACCAGACGCAGCAAUGGCUUCCCAGUACUCCGUCCGCAAGGUCGGUGCUCCCAACACCCUCGAGCACCGCGUCUACAUCGAGAAGGAUGGCGUUCCCGUCUCCCCCUUCCACGAUAUUCCCCUGUACGCCAACGCCGAGCAGACCAUCCUGAACAUGGUCGUCGAGAUCCCUCGCUGGACCAACGCCAAGCUUGAGACAUGUGGCACUGACCGACACCUUUCAUCACAGAUCUCCAAGGAGGAACUCCUCAACCCCAUCAAGCAGGACAUCAAGAAGGGCAAGCUCCGCUACGUCCGCAACUGCUUCCCCCACAAGGGCUACCUCUGGAACUACGGUGCCUUCCCCCAGACCUGGGAGGACCCCAAUGCCAUUCACCCCGAGACUAAGGCCAAGGGUGACAACGACCCGCUCGAUGUCUGCGAGAUCGGUGAGCUUGUUGGCUACACCGGACAGGUCAAGCAGGUCAAGGUCCUCGGUGUCAUGGCCCUCCUUGACGAGGAGGAGACUGACUGGAAGGUCAUUGUCAUCGACGUGAACGACCCCUUGGCUCCUAAGCUCAACGACGUUGAGGACGUCGAGCGUCACCUGCCCGGUCUUCUCCGUGCCACCAACGAGUGGUUCCGCAUCUACAAGAUCCCUGACGGAAAGCCCGAGAACCAGUUUGCCUUCACUGGCGAGUGCAAGAACAAGAGCUACGCUAUGGACGUUGUCCGUGAGUGCGCCGAGGCUUGGGAGAGACUCAUCACCGGCAAGACCGCGGCCGGCUCUGUCUCCACUGCCAACGUCACCGUCAACCAGUCCCCCGCCCGCAUCAGUGCUGAGCAGCUUCCCCCUCUGCCCCAGCACCAGGAGCUCCCUGCUGAGAAGAUUGAUGCUUCCAUUGACAAGUGGUUCUUCAUCAGCGGUGCCUCCGCAUAA